GGACAAGAACCUACUGAACCACAGCCGGAAGGAUUUGCGGCGCUGGACUCCCAAAGAGCAAGAGGCGUACGUCUGUCUGUCUGACUUACAGAUCUGCUUGUCCAAAACGCGCCCUGCAAACUCUCAAUUGUCUCUGCACUUGACAGGUUACAGCAUACAAACGACAAGCCGCAACUAUUUGUGGAACGAUAAUACGCCGCUAAACUUUGAUAACAACUCGGGAUAGAAACGCCCAGAUUUAGUUGCAGAACAGACCCGUGUUCGCUCGAUUGGUAUCCAAAGUUAGUGUUUGACAGCAUUCUUCGGCACUGUAAUUCUCACCAACACAUCGCAAACAUGGGAAAUCUCGGCAAGGCCGGCUUGAAAUGGCUGCUGUCUUCGCUUGUGCUGUCACAGGCCCAAGCCUUUUAUAUCCCGGGCUGGUCAAUAAAGAGUUACAAAGACAGCGAACAGAUCCCCUUAUUGGUCAACAAGGUCUAUUCCGACAACACCCAAUUACAAUACGCCUACUACGACUUGCCCUUCGUCUGCCCUCCCACGGGGAAACACUCGGCCGGGGGACUGCUCAGCGGACAGAGUAUAUCGUUGAACCUCGGCGAGGUCCUGCGCGGUGAUCGCAUUAUCACUUCCGACGUCGAUCUGACCGUGGGAAAAGACAGCGAGUGCAACUUUCUAUGCACUCAGGAAGUCGGUAGAAAAGACCUCAAGAGAGCCAAGGAGCUUGUCAAGGAUGGAUAUGUGGUUGAAUGGAUUGUGGAUAAUCUCCCCGGCGCCACCAGCUUUGUUACGGUCGACAAGACAAGAAAGUACUACGCCGCUGGCUUCAAGCUUGGCUUUACCGAUUACUCUUCGGGCAAGCCAAGGUACUAUCUCAACAAUCACCACACCAUUGUUAUCCGAUGGCGUAAGGCACCUGGCCGUGCUGGCGAGAGGGGCGAAAAGGUCGUCGUCGGCUUCGAAGUCUACACAAAGAGCAUCGGCCAGAGUAAUAAGCGCGAGAACGGAUGUCCCGCCGAUCUCCACAGUAUCGACGAGCACUUUGAGCUUUACAUCACCCCUAAUAAAACGACAAACUUCGCCAUGCAGUACCCUGACUCGUCCUACUAUCCCGAGGACGAGGAGGCGGAUGAUGAUGCCACUCUGUCCAUUCCCUAUACCUAUUCUGUUUACUUCCGUGAGGACGACUCCAUUGAGUGGAACAGACGCUGGGAUCUGUAUUUUGUAAAUCAGGAAGAAGGAUCCAAGAUUCAUUGGCUGGCCAUUGUCAACUCGCUCAUUAUCUGUGGUUUGUUGACUGGUGUCACCCUCAUGAUCCUAGCAAAAACCAUCCGAACCGACAUCAAAGGCUACAGAGAGGUCUCGGCGGAGGAUGGCAAGCUGCGUGUCAAGCGUGCCCGCAGAUCGGAUGCCCGCACUCCGAGAUCAGAGAAGACCACUGGGCUGGGAUUGUUAGACCAAGAAGGCCCAGUGGAUGGCGAGGACGACAUUUCAUCUGACGAGGAAGGACUCGAGGACGUCACUGGCUGGAAGCUGCUCCAUGCUGAUGUUUUCCGGAAACCCGAUUAUGGAUACCUCCUGGCUCCAUUGGUUGGGUCUGGUAUGCAGCUGCUCUUCAUGGCAAUCGGUCUCGUGUUCCUGAGCGCAAUCGGUGUUCUCAACCCCAGCUUCCGUGGUGGCUUUAUUAGUGCAGGUGUUGGACUUUUCGUGUUUGCCGGCGUUUUCUCUGGCUAUUUUUCUGCAAGAGUCUACAAGAGCUUUGACGGCCAGCAUUUCGGCAAAAAUGCCCUGGUCACAGCAAUGCUAUUCCCUGGCCUCUUGUUCGGCCUCAUCUUCGUACUGAACCUCUUCGUCUGGGCUCAGGCGUCCAGCACGGCUAUCCCCUUUGGGACGUUGAUUGCUAUCCUGCUGCUCUGGCUCUGUAUUCAAGUGCCUCUCGUGUACGUCGGUUCAUGGUACGGCUUUGUCAGAAGCGGGGCAUGGGAACACCCGACAAAGACGAGCGGCAUCCCCCGGCAGAUUCCUCGGCAGGCUUGGUACAUCAAGAGCCUGCAGGCGGUGCUGCUCGCUGGACUGAUCCCCUUUGCCGUAAUCUUCAUCGAGCUGCUGUUUGUCUUCCAGUCUAUGUGGCAAGACAAGAGCGGGUACUACUACGUAUUCGGCUUUUUGGCGGUGGUAUCAGUCAUUUUGAUUUUGACCAUCGCGGAGGUAACAGUCGUGACCGUCUACGUCCAGCUCUGCUCUGAAAACUACCACUGGUGGUGGCAGUCCUUCAUGGUCGGCGGAGGAAGUGCUCUUUGGAUUUUCUUGUACUGCAUCUGGUACUACUUUGCUAAACUACAUAUCUCGGGCUUCGUCAGCUCGAUGCUGUUCUUCACGUACAGCUUCAUGGGUUCCUGUGUCUAUGGGCUCCUCACAGGCACCGUGGGUUUCUUAACUGCUUAUGCAUUUGUGAGGAGGAUAUAUGGGGCCAUCAAGGCAGAUUAGUGUGCUGCUUCAGAGUUUACCUUUAACAAGGCAGAGUAAUAACCGCAAAACAAUGGACGAUGUAAUUGAUAGACACGGAUAUAAUGCAGCUUGUCCUUUCCAAGCAUAUCUCGGCGCGGGAUCUCGAACGAUCAGGCUAGGCGUUAGGAGGAAUUGCUUUUCGGAUGUCUGUUGAAUCAGCGUCACAGCUCGAUGGAGAUGUCCAAUUGGUAUCAUUUUGUACAUAAGUCGACUGCAUUUCUCGUUGGUGUGGAAAGAUACACGAGUAGGGCGCUUUCCGCCGUGAUGUAGACGAAAUGUUUCUUGGGACCAU